UCUGAGCGUGGCGUCACACGCGCGCUGUCGUUGCUGAAAGUGUUUCACCCAAGGGAGCGCGCGCAGCUCUCCACGGUGUGGACGCACCGCUUCAGAUGGAGGUUCUUUACAACCAGAUGCUGCGACAACUGACCCUCCAGCCGUUCCGGACGGGGGUUUAAGGCUGAUGCGGAGCUGGGGAUGAGACGCUUUGAAAGCUGCCUCGUCAGCAUUAUAAGAAAGCAUCUGCAGUCUUUAGUCACUCAUGGCGACAAUGAUCCUGUCAUGGUUCCUUGUCAUCGCUGCUGUCGUGCUGGCCGUGGAGCUCUGCGCUGGUGAGACGGCCUGCGUCUUCUGGUCCAGCGCUGGAUCCGUGGUGCAGCUGGGUUCCAGUUUCGAGGUGUUCUGCACCUUCAGCUGCAAGGGCCAGGGCUCCAUGUACCUCGGCAACAACCUCACCCCAGAGAGGCCCCGUCGGUUUAAUUCCACCACCAUAAACCUUAAAGUGACCAACAUUACAGAGAAAAGAACGUACAGCUGUCGGUGUAAAUCUCCUCCUGUACGGGAUCCCUGCGGACUGGACAUCUUAGCUGGAUCUAACAGUGGCAAGUUUUCUAUUCUGACCAAAGAGGCGUGCCUGUUUUUUGAGACGUGCAACAUGAAAACCCACCGGAUCGGCCAAAUAACAUCUCAUGUAUCUACAAACUGUCACAAAAUGAGCGUGGAGAUGUGGUCUGCACUUGGAACAGUGGACGGGACUCCCAUCUUUGGAAUAGUUUUGAACUGCGGUGAGUCUCCGCCCUGUGUCUUUCCUCGACCAAUCCAAAGAGUCACGCUGAAGAGCACCAGAUUUAAACCUCCCCGGACGUUUGUGGGUUUUAGGGUGAUCACUGUGACUGGAAACCACUCCGAAGGGCCAGCGCUGUUCAGAGAGUCCGGCAGAGGAACCAAAUCGCCGUCCUUUACUUUCAGCGUGCCCGCGUCUGCCCGACUCAUCUCGGUGUGGGUUCAGUCCCAGAAUGCCCUGGGCUCUGCUGAAUCCCCCGUAAUCAACUACACCCUCAGUGACAUCGCUUUUGCCCGUUUUGGUUCGUUAAUCCGACCAGUGAUGCCGUCGACGCCCGUCCUACUUCAGCCUGAGUGCUCUUCCAGGAGGUGCACCCUCAGGGUGGAGCAGUCUGUGAGGAUUCAGUACCUGGAGGUGCAGCACGCCGCUGGGCAGCUGAAUCAGUGGGAGUCCUGUCUGGACCCGAUUGUGGAGAUUAAUUCUUCCCAGGCCUGGUCCAUCCCCUGUCUGGAGCCCAACAGGCUGUAUUAUUUCCGAGCCAGGUCCAAAUUCAGCACGGGCCUCUGGAGUCCGUGGAGCUCCAACAUUUCUGGCAGGACUGAAGAUGAAGCUCCGUCCCAGGCGCUGGACGUGUGGGUCGCCUCCGCAUCUGACUCUAAAUCCAUGAGAAUCUACUGGAAGGAGGCCAGUGUGUUUGUCCCCAGUGGGAGGAUCACAGAGUACAUAUUGAGAGUGCAUGAUGUCAGCCGGGCUGUAGUCGCUAAUGUCAGCGCUGAUGUCAGCAGCCACUCAGUCCCACUCUGCUCUGACUGUGAGGUGACGGUGUGGGCGAGCAACUCCAAAGGCCUGUCGCCUCCCGCCACCGUCAAAACCCGUCGCACAAAAGCCACGCCCCUUCAGGAUGUGCAAACGAGGGCGGGCAGCAAGUCUAUCACCAUCUCCUGGAGAAAACCUGAAACUGCACCCAGCAUGUACGUGCUGGAGUGGUACCCCGAGGGCCGCAUGCUGGAGGAGCUCCGGUGGCUCAGGCUGGACCAGAACAAACGUAAAACGGUCAUCACAGAUAUUAAGCCCAGUGAGUGCUAUGAAGGGGCCGUGUAUGUGUUCUAUAAUGAGAGCUCAGUGAGUAGGACCGGAUUUAAGCGAGCCGCCACCAUGGAGUCAGCUCCAAAAACCGGUCCGUCCGUUCUGGAAAGGGUGGAGGGAAAAAGUGUCGUCAUCACCUGGAGGGAGCUCCCCAGGGGCCAGCGUGGGGGUUGCAUCACCAAUUACACCAUCUAUCAGGAGGACAGCAGGGGGAAGAGGAAGAUUUAUGUCAUCCAAGCAACAGACAGGAUGUAUGUGAUCAAAGAUCUGGCUCCAUCUGUCUACACUCUGUGGAUUAGGGCCUCAACUGCAAAAGGGAAAGGCCCGCCGGGUCAAAAGAUCAAGUUCUUCAUCUCUGAGGACAGCCAGCUGUCCUUCUCCCUCCUGUACGCCGUGGCAGCCGUGAUGCUGCUCUUCAUCCUGUGUCUGUGCCAGAGAUCAACUCUCAAGCACAGAUUCUGGGGAAUUCUGAAGUACCUGAUGCUGGAUGUCGUGCCGGACCCUGCAAACAGCAAAUGGGCCAAAGAGUGUACCAGAGAGAAGGGUCAGAUGAACCUCCAGCUGCCGUCCGGUAACUCCACUCUCACCGAUAAGGAGGAGGAGACCCUCCUGGUGGACGUGGAGGAGCUGUUCGCGCAGCAGCUCCUCCCCCCGGCCGGCCCCGGCCCGGAGACGGAGCUGUACCCGGCGCUGACCGCCUACAUCAAGAGCUUCUCCCACGACUCGGACAGCACCGACCACACGCACUCCUCGCUGGACACCACCGUGGACUACAUCUCCUCGCACGGGCCGGGCCUGGCGGACGACGGGGACGAGGACGAGGACGAGGACUUUGCGGCCCUGGAUUUCUUCCCCAGCCACAACGUCUUUUUGGAGCCCCUGGAGCUGGGGGGGAAGCUGACCCUGGACGCGGUCAGGAUUGACUGCGCUGACUUCUGUGGGAGCGCUUAGAGGGACUGUCGGCGGAGAGCUGAGCAGAAACAAUGUUGUCUUUUUUAUUGUUGUCGUUUUCUUUUUUUUUUUUGUUCUUUUUGGUUUUUUUUUCAAUCAUGCAUGAACUACCUCCUUGCUUUUCGGAACCAGAUCCGUACCGGGAAAGGUCUGGCUGAAGUCUGUAGGCCUCAGUGGUCCAGAAGCAAUGCCGUGCAUUACGACUGCUUUCAUCACAAACACACUAACUCUGACCGGAACGCGCAGGCUGGGAUCUGAGUACGGCCUCGUCUUU